GAAGCUGUAAUGGAGGCCCUGCAGAGACAGCAGGCAGCCCGACUGGCCCAGGGGGUGGGGCCUUUGGCCCCUCCACGCCCACCACCACCACCGCCGCGGCCUUCCUUUCCUGGAUCCAGGACCCUGCAGGCCCCUGACGGGGGCUUGGGGGAGGUUGGAGCUGAGGAAGAGGAGGAUGCCCAAGAGGAUGAGGAAGGAGAGGAAGCUGGCACAGAAGAGGAGGCAGCCGAGGAGAGCCACCCAGGGACCCGGGGCACCAGCUCACCUUCCAGCCAGCCCCCUGGACCUCAUCCCCACGAGUGGACCUAUGAGGAGCAGUUCAAGCAGCUGUACGAGCUCGAUGCAGACCCCAAGAGGAAAGAAUUUCUGGAUGACCUGUUUAGCUUCAUGCAGAAGAGGGGGACGCCAGUGAACCGUGUGCCCAUCAUGGCGAAGCAGGUGCUGGACCUGUACGCGCUGUUUCGCCUGGUGACGGCCAAGGGCGGUCUGGUGGAAGUCAUCAACCGCAAGGUGUGGCGGGAGGUAACGCGCGGCCUCAGCUUGCCCACCACCAUCACGUCGGCCGCCUUCACUCUACGCACCCAGUACAUGAAGUAUCUGUACCCGUACGAGUGCGAGACGCGGGCGCUCAGCUCCCCGGGGGAGCUCCAGGCCGCCAUCGACAGCAACCGGCGGGAAGGCCGUCGUCAAGCUUACACCAACGCCCCACUCUUCGGCUUGGCGGGGCAGUCCCCUUGGGGCACUCUUGGCCCCGCCUCGGGUUCCGGGCCCGCCCCUCCCGCGCCCACGCCCGGCCCCCGCACUGCUCGGGGCUCCGCCUCCGGCCUGCCGGCGCACGCCUGCGCGCAGCUGAGCCCGAGCCCCAUUAAGAAAGAGGAGAGCAGAAUUCCAACCCCUCGACUGGCACUGCCUGUGGGCCUAGCCUUUGGACCUGCACGUGAGAAGGUGGCACCAGAGGAGCCCCCAGAGAAGAGGGCUGUGCUGAUGGGGCCCAUGGACCCACCUCGACACGGCGCACCCCCCAGUUUCCUGCCCCGUGGCAAGGUUCCCUUGAGGGAAGAGCAGUUGGAUGGGCCUCUCAAUCUGGCAGGCAGUGGUAUCAGCAGUAUCAACAUGGCCCUAGAGAUCAACGGGGUGGUCUACACUGGCGUCCUCUUUGCCCGUUGCCAGCCCGUGCCAGCUUCCCAGGGCCCAGCCAACCCUGCACCCCCACCCCUGAUGGGGCCCCCUUCCAGCGCCUCACCCUGAGAGCUCACACCUGAAAUUGAGAGCCCCAACCCCAUUGCUGAGGGGGGAGGAGACACCCCUCCAACCCAUUCUUCCAAGGUGCCCAUUCUAGGACCUGGGAAUGGCCACUCCCCCCCUCAACCAUGCCAUGUGGACUUGAAGCCAAAGAGAUUUCUUCUGAUGUUACAUCUACCUCAUUGCAAAAGGAGGGCAUCUCCUCCCUGGCCAACUCCAGCAACAUCUACCAAAGAGUUCUUCCCCCGGUAACCCCCAUCAUCUCCUCAUGUGCUCCCUUGUGUCAAUAUCAUCUCUAGGACUCCACCUCUUCGAGUCAGACCUGCUUCUCUUCAGGAGCCAGGUGAAGGGUUGAGUUGGGGUGUUGUGAAGAUGUCCCUCAGGUCACAUCUGCAUAAUAAAGCUGCGGUCCCUCCCUCUCCA